GCCCAGUGUUUAGAGAAUCCCGUUUCACUUUUGCAGCUCCUCAUUUCAGACUUUUACUGUGGAACAUUUAGACGGAAAUAAGAAGUGACUGGAAAAACAAAGUUAGAAAAUGUCGCUGUGGCUCGUGGCUCUGUUUCUCUUGUCGCAGUUUUACUCGAGUCAGCAGCACACGGCACAACACGGCACAAACGUCCUGCUGGGAGAAGAGGACACGGGUGAAGUGGAGAAGUUGAGUCCAGCAGAGCAAAAGAAAAAAAUGCUGGAAAUUGUGAAGAGGAUUGACAGAGAUGGAGAUAAACUUUUAAGUGCAGAGGAGAUGGCAGUGUGGAUCCAGCGUGUGUACAGGAAGUACGCCAUGGAGGACGCCGCAGAGCGGUUCCCAGACUUUGACCUGGAUCACAACGGCCUCGUUUCAUGGGACGAGUACGACACAGUGACCCACGGACACCUCGUCCCUUUAGACGUCGACUCAUCCCUGGACCCAGAGCAGGAGUCUCUCAGACAGCUCCAUCGACGGGAGAAGCAGCGUUAUGACUUUGCAGAUGUGGACGGUAACGCAGGCCUCAAUGUGACUGAGUUUUUGGCGUUUACUCAUCCUUCUGAGGUCGAUCACAUGUCUGACUUUGCCAUUGAAGAUGUUUUAAAUGAAUACGACUCGAAUCAAGACGGCUUCAUCAGUCUCAGUGAAUUCAUCGGAAACGCUCGUGGUGACGGUGAUCCCAUCUCGCAAUGGGAAAUAGAAGAGUCCGUGCGUUUCAAAGACCUGUACGACCAAGACAAAGAUGGAAAGUUAAACAGAGAAGAGCAGCUUCGAUGGGUCGCUCCGAAUAGUUACGGUUCAGCCAGAGAAGAGGCUCUUCACUUGAUCAGGGAAGUGGACCGUGACCAGGACGGACGUCUGUCUGUGUCGGAAAUACUGAGGAACCAGGAAACGUUUAUGAACAGUGAAGUAACAGACUACGGCCGACAGUUACACGUCACACACGAUGAGUUAUAAAGAACUGCUCCGAGAAAAGAGCGAGGAAACACUAAACCUGCAGCGAGUCUCCACUUCACUGAUUCAGAGCCAACGAAUUACAUCAGGGACAAGGGUUUAUGUGUAACACGAGGAAGAAUCAUGUUAUUGGUCAUGUUAUGGGUUUCAGAUGACAUGACCACAUCCUAUGGGCUAAUUUUACUUAAAGGUCAAUUUAUUACACAGAACGGACUCUUCUGACAAGGAGACGACAUUAGGACAGUAAUAUGGCCCUUUAAUACAGAUGGAGAUAAAAUAAAUAUUGUUAAAAUGUAGAUUUGAUGCAAGUUCUUGAGUUUAGGCACUAAUAGAAAUAAGCUUCAAUAUUUGUAACUUUACCAUAAGAAUAACAAGAAAACCUGACUUGAUGUAAAUCUGGUGACUGUCGUUUAAAUGGUUUAAACUCGUAUAAACAUUCUGCUGCUUUAACCUUUAUUUCU